UCUUCCCCUUAUCGCCUUUCAUUGCUCAUAUGCUCUCCGCCUGGAGCUCACGCUGUUACCGGAUAUUUAGACGACGAGCAGCCGCUUGGACUCGUUUUUGGCUUGUUUUUAAUCCAGUUUCACCAAGGUCUGUAAUGACCGGACCAUGUUUUAAAACUUUUUUAAAAAGUCUAUAAUCGAUAAAAGAGAAAAGUGGGGGUCUGUUGCUGAAUGGUAAUGUAUUAUUGGUUAGUGGAAUGAAACGCAGCGGCUCAUUCCUCUGGUUUCACAAAGGAGCGGUGGUUUCCUCAGGUGUCAGCAGGCUAUCCUCGGAGUCCGGUCACAUCACCGAGCACCGAGCAGCGACAACAACCGCAAGUAGCCUUUAAGUCCUCUGGGAAGGACACAGGGAGGGGGAAACCCAGCGAGGCCACCACCAGCAGCAGCAGCAGCCACCACCACAACCAUGGCGAGCGACGACUGCUGCAAAGAUGACUCGCUGGACUAUGCUGGAGAGAACCGCACGGACUCGGGAAUUGACUCGUACCGCUCCAUACUGAAGUCGGAGGAAGCGCCCCGGGAGCCUGACAUGAGCGGGCCCAGGGAGAAGUUCUCCACCGUGGAGGAGCGCCUGGACUCAGCCUACGGCUCCUCGUCCAUCACGGGGGAAAGUCUGACAGAGUUGGUGGAGAGCUGCACGCUUUCCAGCAGCGCCCAGGAGGAGCAAACAUACUGCUCUGAACUCUCUGAACAGGAGGAGAACUUGCUCACAACUAUUACUGAAGAGGGAGACACAUUCCUGCACUUAGCAAUCAUCCAUGAAGAAGAUUUCAUCACUCAGCACUUGAUAGAGCUAUUCCCAAAAGAAGUCCUGGACAUCCAAAACAAUUUAUAUCAGAGCCCCUUGCACUUGGCCACCUAUCUGAACCUGAUCAAUGUGGUGAAGAGCCUGGUGGGGAAAGGAGCCAGCCUGGAGCUGCAGGACCAGGAUGGGAACACAGCGCUGCACGUGGCCUGUCAGCAUGGACAGACAGAGUGCGCUGACGAGAUGACCAGAGAUGUUUCCCUGAGCAAGCUGGUGCCUGUCCUCGAGACCCAGAACUGGAGAGGUCUUGCCUGUCUUCACUUGGCUGCACUGAACAGGCAACAUCACAUUAUGAAGCUCCUGAUGAAAAAGGGAGCUGAUCUGAAUAUCCAGGAAGGAACCAGUGGGAAAACAGCUCUUCACCUUGCCGUCGAACUGCAUGACAUCACGUCGGUGAAGCUGCUACUCAGCAGGGGAGCCAACGUGGAUGCUGCCAUGUUUAACGGCUGCACGCCCCUGCAUCUCGCGGUGGGGAGGCAGGACGCUGCCAUCGCCAACCUCCUCUGCCAGUCUGGCGCUGACACAAUGCUGCGAAACAUGGAGGACGAGACAGCGCUGGAUCUGGCUGACGGCAAUGAUGAUAUUCUGGCUCUGUUCCCUUUCGAUGACAUCCAGAUUUCUGGGAGGUCAGUGGUUGGUGUGAAGUUUUGAGCUGAAUCAUAGGCUGAACAACAAUCUUGAAAUUGUCUGGAGCUUCACUGCGGCUGGAAUUGAUUUUUAAAAAAGCUGUAUUUGCGCUGAAGUUUAAAUAGUGCCUCUGUUUGUAGUACACUCAAUACACAAUACAUGCACCAUAUAAAUCUUACUUCCCUCUGUGACAGAGUGAUUCUGCUUAAUUGAACACUGAUAAAACAAAUUAAUGUUUCUGAGUCACUGGCUCAAUUGUUUUGCUUCCUUUGAUGCGCCUCUGGAGGGGUUGUACUUGGCUACAAAGCCACCUCACUGAGAGUGCCAAACUUUCUAUCAGCAUGUUCAUAGAGUCCAUAGAAAAUUCUACCUCUUCAUCAUAUGAACCUAGUAUAAGUGGCUAGUAAAGGAAUGUGCAAAAUUGCUUUGUUUCACAGUUUCUCAAACUUUACCAGUGCUAUGAUCGCCUUUGCAUUGUGAUGGAAGUACAAUUUUCUUCUGUGUUUUAAACUCUGAAAAGAUGGUCUUUCAUUGUGGCUGUUAAGAAGCUUUUUGAGGAGUGCAGUCAGAGGCAGGAGGCAAAUGUUUCAUUUACUUUUAACUAAAUGGAGAACGUUAAACAAACUGUGUGUCAAAGAGAGACCUGCAAUCAAAAGAAGACAAACUAAUAAUAAGCCUGAUCUCUAUUAGAAAACUGAUAACCCAUGCAGAAAAUGUAAUAUAAAACAGAGAAUGCAGCUUAAUCUUUCUGAUCUUUUAGGUUUACUGCUUGAUGUUGUGAAACAGGUUUCUAUAUUUAUCACAUCAUAGCCUUCAUCUGCUGAAAUCUGCUCUUUGGUGUGUAAUUAAUUACAGUGGCCUGUCUAGUUAAUAUAAGCAGUCAUUUAUUUUGUAAUAAAAUGAAAGAAAAACUCA